AUGCCAAUGGAUAAGGAAUUAAAAUCGACACUUGUCGAGAAAACCAAGUCAUUCUGUAAGCAUUGUACACUCCAUGGAGUAUACUACUUCUACAAGGCGUCCAGUUGGAGUGCUCAUUUGUUAUGGGCUAUGAUCAUCGCAGCCAGUAUGGCGCUGUGCUGUUUCCUCGGCCACAUGAUAUGGGAGAAGUUUGUUAUCGAUCCUACUUUGACUGUGGUGGAAACUACGCACUAUUCCAUGGUAAAUAUUCCCUUCCCUGCCGUGACUAUCUGCGACACAGAUAAUGUGUUUCUACCGAAGACAAAAGAAAUUACCGACUUACUAAUCCUUCGCGGCUAUAAUAAUACUGAAAUUGACGACUUCUACAAGAGCUUUAAUGAGGUGAAACAUAAGAACUACGUGCCAGAACCGUACGUCAGGAAAAUGCAUUCUCUGCUUGAAGAUCUCGGAUAUUCUUUGAAAAUUCUCCUGGAUAUGUUUAAGAGGCCUUGCAGUAAUAUUACUGUGGAGUGCAAUUGGAGAUCCAAGCCAUUCAACUGUUCCGAAAUGUUCCAUCCGCUGCUAACAAUAGUGGGGCAUUGCUGCCAAUUCGACAUACCUUAUUUCAAGGAGCAUGCAGACAACCAGACUAAUUUUAUUUCUGGUCUGGAUUCCACUGAGGCCCUGGACGUUAUUGUGAACGGACAAAGUUCUAAUGGACACUCUGUGCUGUACGUGUACGAUUAUAAAGAAAAAGUGACUCUGGUCGACAGUUUCUUUAGUUUGACGCCACAGUCGUUUUUCGACGUCAACAUCUACGUGUGGGCCAUCGACUCCUCCAGCUACGUUAAAGCACUGCCACUGUCUGGGAGGAAAUGUAUUUUGGAUACG